AUGGACGACCUCGUCCCGACCCUUGCAGACGCGAUCCCGACGUCGAACGGGUCGAGCAUUGCAGCGCCCAUCCUCGAGGAACUGGGGAACGAGGUCGACCUCGCGACGUGCAGGCUGCUGGGACCGUUUGCGCUUGUCAUACAGGGCAUCAUGGGCGCCGUCGUGAUCCUCUCCCUCGUCGCGAAACGAAUGCGCGAGAAACCGCGGCGGAAAUGGAAGAUCUGGCUGGGAGACGUCUCGAAGCAAGUUGUCGGCCAGGCGUUCGUCCACUCCGCCAACAUCGCCAUUAGCGACCUGAUCGCCCUGCACACAUCCGACAAUCCCUGCUCGUUGUACGCACUCAACAUCCUCGUCGACACGACCCUCGGCGUCCUGAUUCUCUACUACCUCCUCCGCCUCUCGACGCACCUAAUGCACACGACCUUCAACCAACCAGCCUACCAAACUGGUUUCUACGGCUCGCCAUUCUCCCUCUCCCUGUGGGGCGAGCAAGCAGCGAUCUACGUCGCCUGCCUCACGGCGAUGAAGAUCGUCGUGCUCGUCCUCUUCUGGGCCUUCCCCGUCCUCGAGGACGUGAUGAGCUGGAUGCUCGGGUGGGUGACGGACGACGAAGCCCAAGUGUUCAUCGUCAUGCUCGUCCUACCCCUCGUGAUGAACUUGUUCCAGUUCCUCAUGGUCGACUCGAUCCUCAAGAGCAAGGAUGGCGCGGGGUCGGAUGCGUUUGAUGCGCGAUUGGAGGAGACGGACGAGGAGGCGCUUCGGAGGGGGUUCCUCGACUCGCAUGACGACGAGGACGAGGAGUCGGACCACGAGGGUGCGGGAGGACGAACAGGGGCGGGGUACAGCGACCAGAGUCCGAAGAUUGGGCGAGGCGGCAUGCAGACGAACGGGCGGCCGGACGCAGGCGCGACAGGCGGCUCGGAGCGGGCUUUGCUCGACGAGGAGGAAGAAACGGGUCACGGCACGAACGGCGAAUUCUUCGCCCUCUCGAUGCCAGCCCAACACGCGUACCCUCCCGCCGCACGACCACCCUCAUCCUCGACCGCUUCCACCACUCUCCCUCCUUAUUCUGCCCACCCCGCUCCACCCGCCUCUACCGUCCGACAAAGCGUCGACGAGGAAGACGACUGGUCCGCGGACUGGGACCAAGCUUCCGCCUCAGACACUGCUUCGAACGCUGGCGAACGGAGGGGAGAAUCAAUCCCGCUCGAGCCGGUCAAGCCCGCCGCUGUGCCUCGGCCGCUCGACUCGAUCCCGCCGCAGCCUGUGCGAACGGGUCAUGCGCGGAUGGUGAGCGAGGAUGUGGGAGGAGCGGACGAGUGGGGCUUUGAUGCGGAUGCGCAUGAGGUGGAGGAAGAGGAGGCAAAUGCGCCGGGCGAGGCGACGCCCCCUGUUCCGUCGACGCCGACACCGCGACAAUCCCGUCCGCCAUCGGCACAACCCUCCCUUGUCUUCACUUCCAAGCCCUCGGCACCUGAAGCUGCAGCGCAUGACGAAGCAGACGACUGGGGAAUCGACGAGGACGCGCACGUCGAGCCUGGACCCUCGCUUCCCGCUGCGCCUCCACCUCCCGCACCUGAACGCUCGCCUUCUCCUCCCCUUCCAUCUCCCAUUGCCACUUCUCGCCCUUCUCCGCCGCCUCUCGCUCCCAUUCCCGAAACUCCAGCAUCCCCUCCCCCUCCACCACCUUCAGCACAAGCGCCACCCGCACAGCUCAACGAGACGCCUCGACAAAGCAUUGACGGCGGAGACGAUUGGGGCUUCGACGCGGAUGCAGCACACUCCGAACCCGACUUGGUGGCGAGCGACGCGUCGGCGCCGAAGGAGGAGGAGGAACGGAUACCGCAAUCUCAGCCUGAGCCCCAGCCUCAACCUCAGCCUCAGCCUCACUCCAACGGGCAAGCCGGCGAGCACGAGGAGGAAGAAGACGACUGGGGCUUUGACGGGCUUGGGUCGCCUCCUCCUCCGAUACACGAGGUGUCGCACGCGCAGUCGACUUCGAUCUCCUCCGCUUUCGAGCGGGAAGAUGUCAAGCCGGUUCCAUUGACCGAGGCGCCACCGCCAUCAGUAGUCGAGGAGGCGGUUGAUGUCGAGCGAAGCCCAGCAGCGCCGGAGAAUGCGGGAGGUGACGAGGAAGACGACGACUGGGGCUUCGACGACUCCCCCUCACUCACCAUAUCCUCUCUUGACCCGAACGUCAAGGACGUCGUUGCUGAGCUGGAGGCGCGAAAGAAGGGUACGGGUGGGCGGGAAGCGGAGGAGGUGGGAGAGAGUCUUAUCUAG